CAGAAACAUUGCUAUUUCUCCUUGUCCAAGCAUUUAGCCGAUGCUUGAACAGGAUCUAGCUCAUCUACCCGAUGAUGUUCGAGAGCAGCUAGCCAUUCUCGAAUUGGAGCUGAGCGAAGGCGACAUCACACAAAAGGGCUAUGAGAAAAAACGAAACUUGAUCCUUGCGAAGUUCAAUAAAGGCUGUAGUGCAGGUCCAGGCCAGUCCAAAGGAAGCCCUGGAACGCGAGCACAUCGUCAACAUCAGCGGCGCCUUACUCGCGAUGAGGCCAGGUUUCAUUCGGAAAUUCGUCAGGAAGCUGUUCAGCAAGCACUAGCUGAAUACUCGCAGGGUUAUAAGGAACGUCCUAGUAUCGUUCAGCCGAUCAAGCGACUCACUGAGUCACGAGGUCGACAACACAGUCGAGCAUCUGAUUCGUCGUCGGAUGACGAUGACAGCUUAGUAGGAUCAUUGAAGCGAAAAAACCAAUCUAGCGGCAAGGUAAACGCAGGUCUAGGAGGUUCGCGAAACGGAAGCCAGGCUCCGCCAGAUGUUACUGGAGGUGCUGCGGUGGAAGCGAUGUUACGUCGAGUUCGCGAACAACACGAAAUCAAACUACAGAUUCAGCGGGAAGCAGAAUCUCGGCCAAAAGUGACGUCACCGAAAGGAGGCGAUGACGGCAAGGUCGAUAGAAAUAGUAAAAGAAUCGAGCAGAUCACAAAAAUUGAAGAUGACGUCGAUCAGGCAACACGGUUGAUAGAUGAAGUCGUCUAUGUGAACCAAGACUGCAUAAAGUUGGCUGACGAUCGAUCAUCCCCUACAAAUGCGGACAAUUAUCAGAACGCCGUUUUUUUGCAAAAGAAGUUGCCAAAGCUGUCACAAAAACUGCAACAGGUGGUGAAUUGUUUGCAGAGACCAAGCAGUCAGCCAUUGCAAGAGUAUUACAAGGACUAUGACGCGGAACUCGAAGCCGUGGCAAAAAUGAUCGACCCAGCCGCACCUCGACCCGAAGGGCAGUUGAUGACUCCCGUACGUGGCGAAAGCGCUGGAGCUACCGCUCAGAAUCAUCCGAGAAGUUUGGAUAGCGCCUUGCAUCGUUAUGGGACAUCUGCACCGAAAAGCAUUGCAGCAUUAGUUCUCGAUCAUGCUGGACGUCCAGGGCCGCAGAUAACAUACGGAAAGCUUCUGAGCAGAGCUAACAAGGUAGCCUUUAUGUUACUGAAUAAGACCAUUGCAUCGGGGAAAGACAAUACAAAGGUUCCUAUGUGCAAAGCUGGUGAUCGAGUAGCUUUGAUCUAUCCAAACACCGAGCCGCUAGCUUUCUUAGCAGCUUUUUAUGGUUGCAUAUUGGCAGGAGUAGUACCUGUCCCAGUGGAAGUGCCGUUGACGAAGAGGGAUGCCGGCAUACAGCAGCUAGGUUUUCUACUUGGUAGUUGUGGCGUAAAGAUUGCGCUGACCUCUGAGACUUGCUAUAAGGGUCUCCCGAAAAGCACAGUCUCAUCUACAUCUAGUCUUCCGAAAGCUACGGCUCCGUCUGGUUCUAGUUCGUUAACUGGAAGUUCGCAAGAAAUUGUCGAUUUAAAAUCGUGGCCGCGAUUAUAUUGGAUCAUCACAGAGCAUUUGGCGAAGCCUUCCCGAGAUUGGGCGGCACCUCCUAGAGUUGCCGAUGAGAGCAUUGCGUACAUAGAAUAUUCCUGUGAUCGCGAAGGUGCUGUGAAAGGCGUGUGCAUAUCACGACAGGCCAUGCUAGCUCAUUGUCGAGCUAUUACGGCAGCGAUGGACUAUAAACAAGGUGAAACCAUGAUCUGUGUACUGGAUUUCAAGCGAGAAGCAGGGCUUUGGCAUGCAGUUCUUGCGGCCGUGUUCAAUGGAAUGCGGGUCGUAUUUGUACCGUAUUCUUUGAUGAAGAUCAAUCCAGCAAGUUGGAUGCUCAUGGCGACAAAGUUGCAAGCUUCCGUUGCUUUGGUCAAGUCGCGAGAUCUUCAUUGGGGUCUCCUAGCCACUCGCGAUCACAAAGAUGUCAACUUAUCCUCUUUGAAAUCUUUACUGGUAGCUGAUGGAGCAAAUCCGUGGUCACUGUCAUCUUGCGAUCAGUUUGCUGCCACAUUUGCCGCACAUGGGCUAAGACCUGAAGCGAUGUGUCCAUGUUCCGGGAGUUCGGAAACGGGAACAAUCUCGCUGAGAAACAGUUUUAGGCGUACUUCGAGUGGAAGUGGUAGUAGCGGACGAGGAAUUUUGUCAAUGGCUGCUCUAAGUCAUUCAGUUGUCAGAGUGGACAAGGAGAACUCACUCACGAGCUUGACACUACAGGAUGCCGGUCAGGUUAUACCAGGCGGUUCUGUAGUUGUAGUAAAACAAACGGGUAUACCGAGGUUAUGUCGAGCAGACGAAUUAGGAGAGAUUUGCUUAUGUGCAAAUUCAACGGGUCAUGCCUAUUGGGGUCUAGAAGGCGUCUCAGCUGCGACAUUCAAGGCCGAACCACUAGGUGCAGACGAUAGGCCUCUAGGACCGAGACGCUAUGUAAGAAGCGGAUUGAUUGGCUUUAUGGGCCCAGACGGUCUUGUCUUUGUUGUUGGUCGUCGCACUGCUCAGCUUAGCGUAUCUGGACGUCAGCAUUCAGCGGACGAUAUAAUUGCUACUGUGCUCGCUGUGGAACCUAUGCGAUUUGUAUAUCGAGGUCGAAUAGCGGUAUUUUCGGUUUCUGUACUUCGUGAUGAAAGAAUAGUAAUUGUUGCUGAGCAAAAACCGGGUGCCAGUGAAGAGGAUGCUUUUACCUGGAUGUCACGAGUUUUGCAAGCCGUUGAUGCGAUACAUCAAGUAGGAAUAUAUUGCUUGGCACUUGUUCCAGCCAAUCAGCUGCCAAAAACUCCUUUGGGAGGUAUCCACGUGUCCGAGACGAGGCAACGGUUUGAAGCUGGAGAAUUGCAUCCGUCUACACUAUUGAUGUGCCCGCAUAGUUGUGUCAUAAAUUUGCCCAAGCCAAGAGAAGUACAAUCAGACAUUGGUCCAGCAUCAAUGCUUGUGGGUAACCUCGUGCAAGGUGUCAGGAUAGCUGGAGCACAAGGGCGAAGCUUGGUGCAAGAAGAUGACAUGAAUCUUCUCGAAAUUCUUCGUUCGAGGGCUUCAUCUUCACCGGAUCACAAAUUGUUCACGCUUGUCACGGCAAAAAAUCCUGAACAUGACACUGCGACCUGUGCCAGUUUGCUGAAGAGAGCCGAACGAAUUGGAGCAUUUUUGGUGGAACGAGGUCGUCUGAAUGCUGGCGAUCAUGUGGCGUUGAUUUUUCACCCCGGCAUCGACUUUAUUGCCGCGUUUUAUGGUUGCCUCGUUGCUGGUGUUGUACCUGUAUGUAUACGAGCGCCAUCGGCAGCAACGCUUCAAACAACUUUGCCGUCUGUUCGAAUGAUCGUUGACGUCAGCAAAGCUGUUGCUAUAGUGUCAAACACUGCUGUCUGUAAGCUUCUGAAGAGCAAAGAAGCUGCCCAUCGAGUAGAUUCCAAAGCAUGGCCUAUGAUUCUUGAUAUAGAAGACUCUCCAGCCUCUUGGAAAAGAAAGGCAAAUACGGAGCCGUCAGAACCCCUCCCAUCCGAUGCAUGCUAUCUGGAUUUCUCGGUCAGCACUACGGGACAGCUUGUUGGAGUGAUCGUCAGCGUAGGUGGAGCCUUGAGCAUGUGCAGGAGCUUGAAGGUUACUUGUGAAUUGUAUCCAUCACGUCACGUAGCUCUGUGUCUGGAUCCAUAUUCGGGACUGGGAUUCGCCUUGUGGUGCCUGAGUAGCAUUUAUUCUGGCCAUCAUACUAUACUUAUUCCACCAGCCGAAGUGGAAGCUAAUCCAUCAUUAUGGCUGACGACAGUAUCGAAUUUAAAAACACGUGAUACAUUCACGACGUAUGGUGUGCUUGGAAUAUGCAUACAAGAAUUAGCAACACAUGUACCAAGCCUCAAAGAUAAAGGAGUAAACCUAGCAUGCGUUCGAACUUGUGUGGUAGUGGCUGAAGAGCGGCCUCGAGCGAAUCUUGUAAACGCAUUCUCACGUAUAUUUGCUCCUCUGGGACUGUCUCCAAGAGCAGUAUCCACCUCGUUUGGGUGCAGAGUUAAUGCUGCCAUUUGCAUGCAAGGCGCUUCCGGUCCGGAUCCAUCAAGUGUUUAUGUUGAUGCACGAGCACUAAGAAACGAUCGAGUUACAUUGGUUGGUAAAGGGGCACCACACAGUCUGCUUUUGAUGGAAAGUGGAAAGCUCCUUCCUGGUGUAAAAGUAGUGAUAGCAAAUCCAGAAACACGAGGACAGUGUGCUGAUUCACACCUUGGCGAAAUAUGGGUUGCCUCACCGCAUAACGCGAUUGGGUAUUUCACGGUGUAUGGCGAAGAAACCAACCUCCACACUGACCACUUCAAUGCACGUCUUGCAUUUGGAGAUACCAUGACGAGAUUUGCGCGAACUGGUUAUCUCGGAUUUCUGAGGCAAACGCAAUCAAUAACGGAAGAUGGAGAACUACAUGAUGCAGUUUUUGUUGUCGGAGCUUUGGAAGAAACUCUUAUGCUCCGAGGAAUGCGUUAUCAUCCUGUUGAUAUAGAAUCAACUGUGUCGCGAUGUCACAAGUAUCUGGGAGAUUGCGCGGUCUUCACUUGGAGUCAUCUGAUUGUCGUUGUGGCCGAAUGUACAGGAGCUGAGAAUGAUGCUUUGGAUUUGGUACCCGCUGUGACGUCAUCGGUCCUCGAGGAGCACUACCUGAUUGUUGGAGUGGUCGUCAUUGUCGAUCCGAACACAAUUCCCCUGAACUCCAGGGGCGAGAAACAGCGGCAUUUGCUUCGAGAAAAUUUCUUACAUGAUCAGUUAGACCCAAUUUAUGUUGCAUACAACAUGUGACCGUCCUAAGUCAGUCCAGUUUUCUAGAGUAUAUCACUUUUGCGUAUUUUUCAUAUCACUGGUUGGCAAUAUCUAUAAUCAGUGACUAUUUGUCUAUUGUCAGCCGCGUAUUACCUUCUGUGACCUAAUUUUAUUUCUCUUCUCAGUUUCAUAUUGAAUAGCUUACUAGAUUAGUAUUUCCUGUUGUUGUGUUGUUGUACAUUAGUCAUAGUUUUCAACGCUAUGCCUUUGAUUUCACUGCUGUAUACAAAAGUACUUGCGUCGGCUAAGAGAAGCGCUUUCAAAAUGCCAGAUUUGCGCAUCGCGUCUUGCCUUAGAAAAGUAUUUGAUUCGCAGAAUUUAUCUUAAUGUCAGUUUUCUAAUAUUUAUUAUUGUUCUUGUCUUUUCGUUUCUUCAGUGUUGUCCAAAUGUAUGUAAAUUUGCUCAGUCUUUUGUGAUAGUCAUUUGUUUUCUUUGGAUUUCUCUCAAAGUCGCCCAAUCAUCAUCAUCAUCAUCAACAUCGUGGCCCAUACUGCCAACGUCUUUUAUAGCAUGUGAUCAUGAAAUUUUCUGAUGCUUUGAUUAAUGAGCAUUAAAUAUUUCUUGAAC